AUGGGUGGCACUCCUUCAAAAAUUGUGGAUAGUCUACUGGAAGACACGAAUUUCGACAGAGAUGAAAUAGAGAGACUUAGAAAAAGAUUUAUGAAAUUGGAUAGAGAUAGCUCGGGAUCAAUAGAUAAAAAUGAAUUUAUGAGUAUUCCUGGUGUGUCAUCGAAUCCUCUUGCAGCAAGAAUAAUGGAAGUAUUUGACACAGAUAAUAGUGGUGAUGUAGAUUUUCAAGAGUUUAUUACUGGUUUGUCCAUCUUCAGUGGUAGGGGAAGUAAAGAUGAUAAAUUGAAUUUUGCCUUUAAAAUAUACGAUAUAGAUAAAGAUGGUUAUAUAUCUAAUGGUGAAUUGUUUAUUGUGUUGAAGAUUAUGGUAGGAAAUAAUUUAGAUGACGAACAAUUACAACAAAUAGUGGAUAGAACCAUAAUGGAGAAUGAUAGUGAUGGAGAUGGUCGUCUCGAUUUCCAAGAAUUUAAGAAUGCUAUUGAGACAACUGAAGUUAUCAAGAGUUUGACAUUAAAGUAUGAUGUCUAG